AUGGUUCCAGGAUACGCCGCUACAGACUCGAAGUCUGAGAAACGAGCCACGUACACCGUCGAUACGAAGGCCGAGCUACAUCCAACUCUACACGAACCCACGAUGGUCCGGCUUUACGAUGAUGACGAGGCAUUGCUGGCACGCAUAGGUUACAAGCAGGAGCUGCGACGGGAGUUCACGCAAUGGUCAACCCUAUCCUACGCUAUAUCCGUACUCGGUGUACUUGGUUCUCAGCCAGCCACUUAUGGAGUGCCAAUAAGUGUUGGAGGACCUUCGACAGCGAUUUGGGCUUGGUCUAUAGGCUCUGUGAUGGCUUAUCUCAUUGCAAGCUCAGUGGCUGAACUGGUCUCCGCAUACCCUACUGCUGGCGGCAUGUACUUCGUGACGAAGCACGUGGUGCCCGAGAAGCAUGUUGCCAUUUGGGCCUGGAUUAUCGGUUGGUGCAACUUACUGGGACAGGCAGCAGGAGUUGCAUCUAUCGGCUAUACCAUUGGGCAAAUGAUCUUGGCCGCUGCGAGCAUGAACUCGGGUCUGCUCGGUGACAGCUAUACGUACUCGCCUGAGUCAUGGCAUACUGUGCUGGUAGCAAUUGUGGCUCUAGCCAUUGUUGGCGCGAUCUGCUCCAUCACUACAAAGAAGCUGCACCAGACAAUAUUCUGGUUCGCACCCUUCAACAUAUGUGCCACGAUUGGCAUCUGCGUAUCACUUCUGGUCUUGACCAGCCAGAAGCAAGGUCUCGCUUCGCACAACUUUGUCUGGCUAGACGUCCGCGACCAAUCUGGCUGGGGCUCAACUGGCUUCUCGUUCAUGCUUGGCUUUCUCAACGUGGCCUGGGUAAUGACAGACUACGACGGCACCACGCAUAUGUCCGAGGAAACUCACGAUGCGGCGAUUCGUGGUCCACAGUCCAUUCAAUUGGCAAUCAUCGUCUCGGGAAUUCUCGGCUUGCUACUGAAUAUCACUUUCACCUACUGUCUCACGCCAAACUAUGUGGAGGACAUUGUCGGCUCGCCAACAGGACUCCCAGUCGCUCAAAUCUUCCUAAAUGCUGGCGGUCAAGGAGGCGGCACUGUUAUGCUGUUGUGCGUCAUCUUGGUGCAGUUCAUGACGGGCGUUAGUGCGAUGCUUGCAAACGCGCGCAUGGUUUAUGCCUUCGCGAGGGACGAGGCACUACCUCUGUCGCAUUGGUGGAGCAGCAUCAAGGAAUUGACUGGCACUCCCGUCUAUGCCGUGUGGUUCGUGGUCGUCUUCUGCGGCUGUCUCAACUUGAUCGGCAUCGGCUCAACCCAAACCAUCACAGCCAUCUUCAACCUCUGCGCUCCCUGCCUGGAUCUGAGCUACAUCGCAGUCAUCUUUGCCCGCCUAAUCUACACUACUGGUAACAACCCGCAAGUCGAAUUCGUACCAGGUCCCUUCAAGAUCCCGUAUGGACUCGGGCGCAUUGUCAACGUUAUCGCCAUUCUUUGGGUAUUGACAAUCAGCGUGGUCCUGUUCUUCCCGCCGGCGCGGCCGGUCACUGCAACGAACAUGAAUUACGCAAUCGUGGUGGCAGGUAUAGUGGCAUUGGUGUCUAUAGCCUGGUACUGGAUACCGACAUAUGGCGCAAGAGGAAAAUACACUGGUCCAAGGACUCAGCCCGACCGCAUCGAUGAUUUGCCAGCAGAACGACCUGAUCCACCUGCAUACGAGGCGACAUCAUCGACUGAAGGUCACGAUGCUACUGUGCGGCGGCACAUGGACGAGGAGGAUAUAGAGCCUACAGAUGGUACGGACAGCAGUGGCAGCGAGGAGGAGAAUCCGAAGCCGAGCAAGUGA